AUGCUCUCAUUCCCGACGCCUAGCGUCUACCAAUCUCCAAAAUGUUUCGUCACAUACGGCACCAUGCCUCACAUUGAGCCCAAGCAGCUGCCGACAAAGGGGAAGCCGUGGGCGCCUAUCCUGGGACAAGGAUUCAACUACAAGGUCGACCUCGUCCUACCGCAAGAGUGCUUCGAGCUAGUCCGCCAGAAGCUCGUCGAAGAGCUCCCAGCACCGAUGUUCCACCGCGUCAUCAUGACCCUCGGCCAGGUUCUGGACGGCGGGUUCUUCAAUGAGUACAUUAAGAGAGGCAACAUCCUCAUGCUCUCGGAGGGCAGGACAAACGUUGAAAAUGUAUUCUCGCUUCGCGAGGGCCUGUUGACCAUGUACCUCGACAAGGAAACGUACGAGCGUGCCGGUCUUGUUGGAAAACCUCACGGUGUCAAGGGGAAGAGGGGCUUGAAGCCGCGAUGGGUUGUGAGCUACCAGUUGCGAGACCCGGCCAUGUUCCCUGGCAAAAAGGGCUUCGAUAGGUUGGUGUACGCUUGCAAGAAUGUUCUCAACACGCCCAUGACGUGGCUAUUCUGCAACGCGGCGACCACUACACCAUCACCAGAUCCGCUGGACCAAUAUUUUCCAACAAGAUACACGUGCGAGCCAUCCGUCGCACCCGACUUCCAGGUCCAGACACCACCGCUAUCACUACCCUUGGAUAUCAUCCAAAACGGCGACAGACCGGGCCUCGAAGACUUUGCGACAGAGACGUACGAGUGGCUGUCUCUCAUCCGUCUGCAGAGCCCCCGCGUCAAGACAGGGGACACCAUCGACCCGUACCUCUCACGCUACCAGGUCCCCGGGGACCCGGACACGCCGUCACACGCAAACGUGUGUAAGAUCUCGUGGCAAGGCUUCUUCGCCUCGCACUGGGUGCGCAGCGUCCUCAUCAACGCCCUCGUCGCCUUGCCGUCACGCACCUGGUUUUCGCUAAGCGCGACGUCCUUUUCAAAGGGCAUGACGGGCGACAGCACCGAAGUCGCAUUCUUCCGGCCGCCCGAAUCGCUUGGCCAUUACCUAUUUUGGGAAGUCAAAGGUGAUGAAUAG